AUGGAUUCAAUCUGUUCUGUAUUUGGAUCCUUAAUUAACUGGGAUGUCAAAAGUCUGCUGUUCUUCACUGUAGUUUUCAUCCUCACCGCAGAUUAUAUCAAGAACCGUCGGCCGGGAAGCUUCCCCCCGGGGCCCCGGGCCUUUCCUAUCGUGGGCAAUUUAUUCACUCUGGAUUACACCAGGACCCAUGAGAGUAUGACACAGUUAUCAGAGAGAUACGGAGAUGUGUACAGCCUUCGAAUGGGCCAGCUGUGGUUCGUGGUGUUGAACCGGUUUGAGGUUCUGAGGGAAGCUCUGGUGGAUCAGGGAGACGGCCUGGCAGACCGACCAGACCUCCCACUGCAGCAGGAGAUAUCCCAGGGACUGGGUGUACUUUUCAGUAAUGGAAAUUUAUGGAAGCAGAAGAGGUGUUUUGCAAUUUCAACCCUCAAACAUUUUGGGUUUGGCAAGAAGUCACUUGAACCCAACAUCUUGGAGGAAUUUUCAUAUUGUGCAAAAGAGUUCAAGAGCCAUAAAGCAAAGGUCCAGGCGGAGAUAGACGAAGUGAUUGGAACGUCCAGACAGCCGUCCAUGGAAGAUCGCGCCGACCUGCCCUACACGGAGGCAGUCAUACACGAGAUCCAGAGGAUGGCCAACAUCGGUCCUCUCAGCCUGCCUCAUGCUACCACCCGGGAAAUCCAUCUGGGAGGCUCCACGAUCCCUAAGGGAGUGACAGUAAUCCCCAAUCUGAACUCUGUGCUGUUCGACAAGAAUGAGUGGGAGACGCCCGACACCUUUAACCCCGGACACUUCCUGAACCAGGAGGGCAAGUUCGUGAAGCGAGCUGCGUUCCUCCCGUUCUCUGCUGGUAAGCGGGUGUGUCUCGGGGAGAAUCUGGCCAGGAUGGAGCUCUUCCUCUUCUUCACCUCUUUAAUGCAGCAUUUUAUCAUCUCCAUGCCUGCUGGGGAGAAGCCUGUGAUGGGCUAUUGCUUUGGCAUCACUCUGGCACCACUUCCAUAUGAAGUCUGCCUCACCUCCCGCUAAGAGCAGCUCUAAAAUAAAAACAAAACUGAUAUUUGGCUUUAAAAUAAAUCGGUUUGAAAGCUAGAUUAGUAUAGCCUGGCUCAAUUGUUUAAUAUUGUUGUAAAUCACUUUUUAUUUACAAAUGUGACAGACAUUUUUUACUUUUUCUGUUUCUGUCUGUCUGAAAUGUGUGAUAUAAGUAAACAAAAUAAGAUGUGAACUGGACCAAGAGGAUAUGAAUUAUGAAUAAUGUA